AUGAAAUAGUUAUAAAUUGUGAUAAACUAUUUAGUAUUUGAUUAAAAGUAAUUUAAGCACAAAAGAACCUUAAAAUUUGAUAAUUUUUCAAUUGUAUUAAGUACUAUAGGCAUAAAGGAUAAUCAAAGCUUUAUAGGAAUUAAAUUUAUUAUUAAUAAUUCAUUAAUUCCAGAAGAUUUCUAUAUCGAGUAACAGAAUAUAUUAGAUCUUAUACAGAAAUCUACUUAAGAUUUAUCAAGUACUCAUGAGCUAUCUUAAAACAAAGAUGAAAAAUUACUUCUAAAUAUUGAGUAAAUGAUUCAUUGCAUUAAAAAUAAAACAAAAUGUUAAUUUUUGGAUCCAUUAAAGAGUCUCCAAAAUAAAUCUUUAAUAAAUAAAUUGGUUUAUUUUGGAGAAGAUUAUACUUUGAAUAACUCAUAAUAUAAAAUACCUAAAUUAAUGAAUAGUUUCAUUCAUAACUUUUUUGGCAUAUAAAAAGAUAUUAAAAGCUAAAAAAUAAGAAUAUUAUUUGGAUGCACUCUUGAAGGUUGUAAUAAAUGUAAAAAAGUUUUUACCCAAAGUUUUUGUGAUGAAGAGUGCAUUCUAGGAUAUUAUACUGAUUCGUAAUUUUUAGGAAAUUAAUGCAAAAAAUGUGAUUAAAGUUGUUUAGGAUGUUAUUAAGAAGGACCUAAUAGGUGUACAUCUUGUAAUUAAGAUUCAUAGCUUUAUUAGAAUAAAUGUUGUAGAAUACGUAAUGGUGAAUUUUACAAUUAAUAAACGAAGAAAUGUGAAUAGUGUCCAUAAAAUUGUUAAAUUUGCAAUGAAUCUAAUAAUUGCAAGUAAUGCAUGGCUAAUUAUGAAUUAAAUUCAUAAAAAUAAUGUCUAUGUCUCUAUAGUCAAUACUUUGAUGAUUAAAUAAAAUCUUGCUUAGAUUGUGAUAAAUCAUGCAAAACUUGCAAAUAAACUUCUAAAAUCUGUACUUCGUGCAAAGAAUUUCAAUUUUUAAACACUUUGAGUUAAACAUGUUAAAGCUCUUGCAAUUAAGAUGGAUUUUAUGCUUUAGAAAAUAAUUGCUUACCUUGUAAUUCAGAAUGCUUAACUUGUUCUCUAUCUUCUAAAAAUUGCACUUCUUGUAAAUUUGGCUAAUAGUUAGAUAUUUAGUCUUAAACUUGUAUAGAUGAGUGUCCAACAAACGGCUUUUAUAUUGAGAAAAAAAAAUGCAUGCCUUGUGAUUCCUCAUGUAGUACAUGUUCAGAAUCUUCUAAAUGUACUACUUGCGCUAAGAAUUUAUAUCAAUAUGGAGGAGAUAAUCUUUGCAAACCUUGCCAUAAAACUUCCCUUAAUCCUGCUAUUAUUUCAUAGUAAAUGUAAAAUUGCGCAUAAAUUAUUCAAAAGUGUUUGUUAAAUCCUGAAACAUAAACGUAUGAGUUAACUUCAAUAUGUGAGAAAUGUAAAGGUAAUUUUGUAUUAGCAAAUAAUAAAUGUAUUAAUUAAUGUUCUGACAUAGCAUAAAAUUAUGAAUAUAAUAAUAUUUUAUAACAAUGUUAAUGUUCAUCUUCAAGCCCCUUCUAGCAUAAUUAACCUAAUAAUACUAUAUUUUGCUACAAAUUUUAAUUACCUGGCUAUUACUGUGACUCAAAUAAAAGAUGCAAUCUAUGCUUAUAACCUAACUGUUAAGUCUGCACUAAUGAGUAAAUAUGCGCAAUUUGUUAAAAUGGCCAUUAUCUAUGGUAGAACGAUUGUCUUCAAACUUGUGAAUCUAGUAAAGGCUUAUAGUCUUCUCAGUCUAACAAAGAAUGUGUUUGCAUUUAAGACUAUAUUUUUUAUGCUCCUAAAAAAAUUUGUAUUUUAUAGCUCUAAAUAAGAUAAAUCUUACUUACUAAAGAUACUUAAUAUAAUAUUAUAACUGUUAUUUUUAAUGGAGCUUCAUAUAAUGAUGAAUUAAAAACAAUAAGGUUGGAAAUCGACCCUCCUAAGCUAAUCCAAAAUAAAGAUUACACAAUCGUUUCAUAGCAAUAAAGUGAUAAUAAUUUAAUAUUCUAAGUCUCAGUAUAACAAAAUAUUAAAAUCAGUUAAAUAGUUAUUAAUUAUAAUAAUAAGUAAUCCAUCUACUAAGUUUAAAAUACAAUACUAACAUCUGAUUAUGUUAAUAAUAAUUUAUAAAAUAAACAAGGGGUUAUAGAUAAUGUUAAAAGCAUAGGAAAAAGCUUAUCUACAUAAUAAGGACGUCUUUAAUCUAUAAUGAAUUUUCUUAAAAACUUUUAAAUUUUGUGUUUGCUUUCUAACUUCGUUCAAUUAUUAGGACCUCUAAUUGUUUUUAAAGAAUAAUUACCAUAGCCUUUAUAUACAGGAGCCCUUUUAGGAGCAUCUUUUAUAUUUACUGAAAUUCCAAACCCAGAUGAGCUAAGUAUUAAUUCAAAUACAACCUCAAAUGAAGAUAUCAAUAACCAUAAACAUCUUUUAUAAUAGCUUGGUAUUAAAGAUAAUAUUUAUCGAAAUUUAGCACUCCCACAUUUAUUGUUAAUUGUAUCAGUAAUUAUAUCUUUAUUAUGCUUAUUUGCAAGAUAGAUCAUGGAAGGUAAACAAUAUACUAUAACAGUAGUGAACUUCUUGGUUAACACCAUGUCAUAACUGCACUAAGGAUAUAUCACUUGUACCUUACUUAGUAUAUACUACUCUUUGGAAUACUCAUCUUAAAAAUAGUAUGCAAUAAUGCAAUUAGUAACUCAUGUUAUAUUCAUUAUUCUAAUAGUAGCAAUCAUGUUAAAAAAGGAUAAUUAGUAUAUUGAAAAUAACACACCGAAUUUUGCUUUAGACUUAAAUUUCUAAUUAAUGCUUUUGAAUGUGAUAACUCAUUUAUACACAGCUACUUCAACUUGUUCAUAAACUUACAACACAUUAGGAGGUUAUUUUGUGAGUUAAAAUACUUGCUCUCAUUGUGAUAAAACAUGUAGUACUUGUAAUGGAUCUUUUAAUACUCAAUGUACUACUUUUGAAACUGGAUUUUAUAAAUAUGAUGAAGAUAAUCUUUGUAAGGCAUGUCCAACUAAUUCAAAUCAAGCUAAGGAAAUCAACAGUAAUGUUCUAGCUAUCCGUAUAAACACAUUAGAAAAGAUCAUUCUAUUGUUUGUAGUAACUACUAGUAACCAGAAUUUAUUGUGA